AGCGCAUGCUUACUAGUUGCACAAAACAUGGCGGACGGCACACAGAAUCUAGUUCCUAAUUCCGUUCAAAACAAACCAAAUACAAGUGGUAUUUCGGGAAGCCAGCCAGCAACAACUCAACCCACAGCUUCUAAUACAGCGACAACAACUGUGUCCCAUGUGGAUACUAAAGUCAGAAACGCUGGAGCUUCGUUAGCGGAGUUUUUAACCCAGUUGGAUGACUACACACCCACGAUACCAGAUGCUGUAACAGCAUUUUACUUAAAUCGAGCAGGAUUUGACUCCACAGACCCAAGAGUAGUGAGAAUGAUUUCUCUUGCUGCACAGAAGUUUGUAUCAGACAUUGCUAAUGAUGCUCUACAACAUUGUAAGAUGAGGGGAUCAGGACAGAGCUCAAGAAAAUCGGGCAAAGACAAGCGCUACACGUUAACCAUGGAAGACUUGACACCAGCACUCAGUGAAUAUGGAAUAACUGCCAGGAAACCUCCGUACUUUGUUUAACACAGUCUUAUCAUACCAAUGUAAAUAUGAUAAAUUGAUCAUCUUUGGGACUGUAGACUUCUCUAUAUUAAAUGUAAAAAUUAAAUGUCUUGGCAAUAAAGUGCAUUUUCUUAAGUUUGA